GGCGCGCGGGGCCGGGUCCUUGCCGGGCCCGGGUGCGAGACUGCUCGGAGGGACCCGGGGCCGAGGGAGCGCGGCGGGCACGCGCGCCAUGAACCCGAAGGCAAGCGGUGAGGAGGAGGACUGCGUGGACUCGGGCGCCGAGACCGGAGGGUCCGACUACAGCCAUCUGUCCUCCACCAGCAGUGAGCUUUCUGUGGAGGAGGCACAGGACCCUUUCCUGGUGAGCAUCCACAUCAUCGCAGACCCAGGGGCAUCUCAGCCACUGCAGGAGGCCAUCGACAAGGUCUUGGCGUGGGUUCACCCUGACCUCCCGCUGUUCCGAGUGUCUGAGCGGCGCACAGGCAGGCGAAGGCGGAAGUCCCCCAAGGGUGCGCAGCCGGCGGUGGCUGUGGUGCUGUUCCUGCAGGAGGAGUAUGGAGAGGAGCAGAUCCUGCAGGUGCACCAGGUGCUGCAACGGCCGCCCUGGCGCCACCACCACACAGAGCGCGUGCACGGCCGCUUCCUACCCUAUCUGCCCUGUAGCCAGGACUUCUUCACUCUGGCCCCUGGGACCCCGCUGUGGGCCAUCCGGCCCGUGCACUAUGGCAAAGAAAUCGUGCGCUUCACCAUCUACUGUCGCCAUGACAGCUAUGCUGACAGCCUCCGCUUCUAUGAGCUGAUCCUGCGCCGGAGCCCCAGCCAGCGGAAAGCGGACUUCUGCAUCUUCCCCAUCUUCUCCAACCUGGAUAUAGACAUCCAGUUCUCCCUGAAAAGACUGCCCUGCGACCAGAACCCAGUGCCCACCGACUCCUCCGUGCUGGAGUUCCGAGUGAAGGACAUCGGGCAGCUGGUACCCCUCCUUCCCAACCCCUGCAGCCCCAUCAGCGAGGGGCGCUGGCAGACUGAGGACCACGAUGGCAACAAGAUCCUUCUGCAGGCACAGAGGACAUACAAGAAGGUCCCCAGGGGCAGCAGAGCACACCGCUCCUCUGAGAAGAGGCCUCAUCCCACACCUUCGCCAACCAUCGACACUGAAAGCACAGCACAGGGCAGCAGCCAGGCAACCCUGCAGAACAGCCCAUCCCUGGGGUCUAGCUCAGUGGCCCUGCUUCCCGGGAACAAGCAGGAAUGUACCCCACAGUCAAGCACCUCCAGCCCUGCCUGGUCUUUCCAGAGGAGCAAGUCUUUGUUUUGUUUGCCCAGUGGAGGUCCCUCCCCAACUGAACCACAGCCGCCAUUGACUGGUUCCCAGAGACACAGUGCAUCAGAGUGGAGACCCGGUCACCUCCUGUCCAUUGAUGACUUAGAGGGGGCCCAGGAGACAGAUGUGGACACGGGCCUGCGGCUGUCCUCUUCAGACCUGUCUGUGGUCUCUGCGUAUUCUGCACCCAGUAGGUUUUGCAACUCAGUGGAGUCAUCCCUCCCCUCCAAGAGAUGUAGCAGCCACUGGCCAGCACACAAGAGUCCCAAGGAAGGACCACUGCACGCUGCCAGUGAGGUGAGCCCAGACACCUCCUGGGAUUCCCAUCCUUUCCUCACCAAAGGGUCUCCGAGCCCUGCAGAAAUAACUACUACUGCUCUUUCAGCUUCUGGUGUCUCCUUACUCACAGAGUCAUCCCCACAGCUCCCUUGUCACGACUCCAAAGCCACACAGGGUGGCCAAGAUGUGCUCCUGCCCACAACAGCUGGUCCCGAGGAUAAUGACAUGGAGGAGUUCUACAUCUGAGCAUGUCUUGGUUUUCAGACAGACUCAGUCACAGAAACUUGGGUACCACCGCCUCCUGCUCUUUGUUCACAAGGUGAUCUUGGUCCCAUUUGCUUGAUCUGACAAGAACUUAAUUAUCUAUCUUGGGAGAUUGUUAACAUGUUUGCCAUGCCAUCUAUCCUUAACUGAUAGGUGACAUAUUUCUUAAGGCUCAGAAAAAAAGAACUGACAUUUCUAUGGAAAUAAAUUUUCAACACAUUUAAAUCACAAAAUCUAUUUAAUCUAUUUUUGAAUGCUCAAUUAUACAAUUUAAUGUUUCAUGUAAUUAUUUGAAAUUAAAAAAAAAAUGUAGUCAGCCAGAGCUGAUGUAACAAUUACUCAUACUAUGAAAGUAAUAUAACUAAAGCCAAAAUCUUGAAUGGGAAAAGGACACCAAGUGACUCCUAUUAGAGCUCAGUGUGCAGUAUAGAACGCACGCCUUCCUGGUUCCCCACAGACAGUCACACAGGGACCAGAGACCCUGGAAUCCUGAAGUCCUGCUCCCAGUGGAAGUGAUGGCUUCGUAGGACAGCUGCCAACCUGUGUCAGACAGCAGAAUGCCUUGCUCUGAAGCCAUUCAGCACUUGAAAAAUCUGAGUUUACACACAACUGGCUAGUAAACCUGAUAAGGGUUUAGCAUGAGUAACCAAUGCCUUGCACACUUACAAAAUAAUCUGAGUUAUGAAACGUAGUUUUGCACACUCUUCCACAGCCGGUCCAUGGGAGUCAGCAAACCUGUAGACCAUCCCCUCUGGACUGAUUUGUGUAAGAGGACUCAUUGCCUGCAGUUGCAAGUAGCAGGUUAUGAGGUGUGAUAGGGAAAUGGGGUGUGAGAUUCUCUGACUUAAGCACACUCUAAAGGCUGCAUGCAUCUCUCCAUAAAUGACCAGAGUCCCCUCUUGUAGCACUGUCCCAGUAAACAGUUCAAAUGUUUGGAAGGGUUUUGGCUGGCCUUUGGAUUGUACGUGUGAGCACAUGCCCCACUCCCGGAAGUAGGAAGUAACUGCCCAGUGCUGCCCCGCCCAGCCAACCUCCGGUGCACAGAAGCCUUAGGGAAAGCGGGUGCCGCAGCCACACCAGCUUUCCCCAUCCCACACUCUUGUCCAUUGCUGCCACUGUGUGAAUGGUGGUUAGACCGCCUGUCUACCUAUGUCUACAACCCAACCUCACCAAUGCCAAGUGCUGGCAUUGGUGGCAAUGCCAAACUGCCCCUACAUUCUGUUUAUCCUUGGAAAAGAAAAGCAUGGGUGUGUACUUUUCCCUGCCCCAGCGUGGUGCUUCUUGCCUAAAUUACUCAUGGCAGAGUUUCCUCCUCUCUGGGAGGGCCUACACCAGCAGCUCAGACACUUUCCAGCAGGGCCUUCAGGCUCCCUUAUCAUCCAUCACCAUGGGUCAGCCUCGGCUUCACCAUCCUCACAUGGAGAGCCUGGGACUCUGCCUGGCCUCAAACACUUUGGACUUCCUAGGACUCUGAUUUCUGCUCCAAUGUAAAUAAAUAAAAACAUGGUCUCUUCUAAUUCUGGAUCAGGAGUAAGCCAACUUCUGAAAAGGGCUAGAUGAUAAAUAUUUUAAACUGUGUCAAUCAUGUUUUAGACUUUAUCCAAAUAUGUUGCUAUUGCUUCUACUGUAGCAUGAAAAAUAAAAUAUAUAUGAAUGAGA